AUGGAGAGUUCUAAUUCUUGGCCGGCGUGGAAGGCAACGUGGAUAUGUGCUGAAUUUGGUGUUUCCGAACUCGUGUCUUCAAUACUGAAACAAGUUAUUUUUGGGUACAGAAAAUUGUUGCCGGCCACUCUCAUUGUGUUCGGAUUUCGCCUGAAAAUAGGACAUUCAAUCAUUCCUGCCGGCUUAA